AUGUACGAAAGAAUCAUAAAGGAAGUGAAGAAGACGUUGUAUAAGACACUAGGCAAGACUCAUCUUACGUUUGAGCAAUUAAGUGCAGUGGUAAUGGACAUCGAACGCCACCUAAAUAAUCGCCCACUCACCAACAUCGAAAGUGACGGAGGGGAGCCGCAAGUACUGACACCCAAUACCAUUUUAUGGGGCGACGAUUCACAUAUUUUGGAAGAUCGAGAACAAGACGAAAGUGACGUUACGAAGAUGCACAGACGUCUCAACGUUGCCAGACAACACGCGUGGAACCGUUGGCACAAAGAAUAUAUACACAGCCUUAUGGAAUCGCAUCGAAUAGUCAAAGGUGACGGACAACUGCCAAUGCUCGGGGGGAUUGUAUUAGUACUCGGGAAAGAAAAGAACCGUGGGCUUUGGAAAAAAGGCAAAGUAUUGCGACGCAUAUUAGGUAAAGACGGAGUUGUGCGAGGAGUUGUGCUUCGUCAUAAAGGACACGAGAUUGAGCGACCUAUUCAAUUAGUUUGCCCUCUGGAGAUACGUAGCAGAGAAGUAGAAGAACCGAAAACACCAACGCCAGAAGUUGAGGAGAAACGAGAGAGACCACGAAGAGGCCACAUUUAA